AUGGAGUCCAGGGAGAUUUUAAGCAGCUCCCGGCAAAGGGGGGGUGAGAACGAGUUCCUGUCUGUCACCUCAGCCAAGACCCCAGGCACUUCUGGUUGUCCUGGGGAAUCUUUGCUCCCUGCACCAGGUGUUGGGAAAGGGAUCCCAGUAGGGGGAGAGCGUAUGGAGCCGGAGGAAGAGGAUGAGCUGGGCUCAGGACGCGAUGUGGAUUCCAAUUCUAAUGCUGACAGUGAGAAGUGGGUGGCAGGAGAUGGCCUGGAAGAACAGGAGUUUUCUAUCAAGGAGGCUAACUUUACCGAGGGGAGCCUGAAACUUAAGAUCCAGACCACUAAGAGGGCUAAGAAGCCGCCCAAGAACCUGGAGAACUAUAUUUGCCCACCUGAGAUUAAAAUCACCAUCAAGCAGUCUGGGGACCAGAAGCUUUCACGUGCUGGGAAAAAUAGCAAAGCUACCAAGGAUGAGGAGAGAAGCCACUCAAAAAAAAAGCUUCUUACUUUUUCUUCACUUUCUGCCAUCUGAAUGAAAGGAUUUCAAGAACUUGUUUAUGAGAGGCCCCAGAAACAUGCAGCCCUCCACUAUGAUCCCAGCCUCCAACAGGACUUCACUGGAGACACCCUAAAACCAAAGCACCAGCAAAAAAACAGCAGCCAGAGCCACAUGGAUUGGUCUGCCAGCUCGGAUAAUGGGCCCACCACUCAGAAUUGCUUUAUUGGCACAGAAUCUGGUCGAGAAACUCCAGGCCCCACCAAGAUUCCAACCCUUGAGCCUGUGGCUUCCUUUGCCAAGUCCCAAGGAAAGAAAGGAAGUGUGAGCAGCACAUGGAGUCAGUUGUCUAGCAGUAGCAAAGAUCUGCUCUUGGGUAAUGUGGUCCCAGCCCCAAGCAACAUCAGUUCACCAGCCCAGACCACCAGCUCAGCUGAGUGCAAUGGACUCCCACCCUUAGUAGACCAAGAUGGAGGAGGAUCAAUGGAGCCUCCAGAUCCCCCGACUGGAAACAGCAAGAAGAAGUCAAGCAAAAAAGACUUAAUAAAUCAAACCAUACAAAAUUCAGACUUGGACUGGGUCAAGAAUGCCCAGAAAGCAUUUGAGACCAAAAGUCAUGAUAACUUGGAAGGGAAGAAGGAAGGCUACACCACAGACAACAUCCAAGAGGUAUCACCAGCCAGGCAGAAUGUGAGUUCCAUUGGUAAUCCUGAAAAUGAUAUGAGUCAUGUCCGGAUUACUAUUCCCAUCAAGACUCCAACCCUAGACCCACCUAGCCAUAAAAGGAAGAAGAGGCAGUCUGUGAAAACAAUGGUGGAAAAAAUAAUACCAGAGAAAGCCUUGGCUUCUGGAAUUUCCAUGAGCAGUGAAGUAGCUAGCAGGAUACUCUCUCACCCUGAGGGAAGUAAAAAGGAUCCUCGUACUACCAAGCUUGCUAAAAUUAUGGAGAAUGAGCCCUCCUCAAUUGUGUUGGAAGGUGUUGGAAGUGCUGAAAAGGUUCUCUCCAGUAAUGCAGCCAGACUGCGAAAAACUCCCCUGGUCAUGACUCCUUCAUCAUGCACAGAUCCACCCCUCUCAAGCAAGCUGUCAGAAAUUCAGCACCCUAAAUUUGCUGCAAAACGGAGGUGGACCUGCAGCAAACCAAAACCCACCAGUAUCCUACGAGAGUCAGCCAUGACCACUUCAGAAAAACUCAUGGUAGAGCCACCUUCUGCAUAUCCUAUCACCCCAUCUAGUCCUCUGUACACUAACACAGACAGUCUCACUGUGAUCACACCAGUUAAAAAGAAGAGAGGACGACCAAAGAAACAACCUCUACUCACUGUUGAGACAAUUCAUGAGGGAACUUCCACCAGCCCAGUCAGCCCAAUAAGCCGGGAAUUUCCUGGCACUAAGAAGAGGAAGAGAAGACGUAAUUUGGCCAAACUGGCUCAGUUAGUGCCAGGAGAAGAGAAAUCCAUGAGCGAGAUGAAAUUCCACAAAAAAGUUGGAAAGCUUGGUGUUCUAGACAAGAAGACCAUCAAGACCAUCAACAAGAUGAAGACCCUUAAGAGGAAAAACAUCUUGAAUCAGAUCUUGUCCUGCUCCAGCAAUAUUGCCCUGAAGGCAAAAGUACCACCCCAGACUAACCCUGGGGGAGCAGCCAUUGACAGCAGACUGGGUAAGCAGAUCAAUGUCAGCAAGAGAGGGACCAUCUACAUUGGCAAGAAGAGGGGCAGAAAACCUAGGGCAGAGCUGCAGCCCCCAUCUGAAGAACCUAAGACAGCCAUCAAACACCCAAGGCCUGUUUCUAGCCAGCCGGAUAUUCCAGCCGUGCCUUCCAACUUUCAGUCACUUGUGGCAUCUUCACCAGCAGCUAUGCACCCACUUUCUACGCAGUUAGUCGGGUCUAAUGGCAACCUGAGCCCCGCCAGCACUGAAAUCAAUUUUUCAGAGUUGAAAACUAUGCCAAAUCUUCAGCCUAUCGGUGCUCUUCCUACCAAAACCCAGAAAGGAUUACACAGCGGAACCUGGAAACUGUCACCUCCCAGGUUGAUGGCCAACUCACCUUCACACUUGUGUGAGAUUGGGUCCCUGAAGGAAAUCACACUGUCACCAGUGAGUGAGUCACACAGUGAGGAGACAAUCCCUAGUGACAGCGGCAUUGGGACAGACAACAACAGCACAUCUGAUCAAGCCGAGAAGAGUUCAGAAUCCCGCCGGCGGUACUCCUUUGACUUCUGUUCUUUGGACAAUCCGGAGGCCAUUCCAUCUGACACCAGCACAAAGAAUCGACAUGGCCACCGGCAGAAGCAUCUCAUCGUGGACAAUUUCCUUGCCCAUGAAAGCAUCAAGAAGCCAAAGCACAAGCGGAAAAGAAAAAGCCUGCAGAACCGCGACAACCUCCAGUUCCUUGCAGAUCUAGAAGAGCUUAUCAACAAGUUCCAGAUGUUCAGGAUCUCCCACCGGAGUUACACUUUCUAUCAUGAGAAUCCAUAUCCCAGUAUUUUUAGAAUCAACUUUGAUCACUAUUACCCGGUGCCAUAUAUACAGUAUGACCCCUUGCUCUAUCUUCGAAGGACCUCAGACAUGAAGUCCAAGAAGAAGCGUGGUAGACCUGCCAAAACCAAUGACACCAUGACAAAGGUGCCUUUUUUACAGGGGUUCAGCUACCCUAUCCCCAGUGGAAGUUACUAUGCACCCUAUGGAAUGCCUUACACAUCAAUGCCUAUGAUGAACCUUGGUUAUUAUGGUCAGUACCCAGCUCCUUUGUACCUAUCUCACACUCUUGGCACAGCUUCACCAUUUAUGAGGCCAACAGUGCCACCACCCCAGUUCCAUGCAAGCUCCCAUGUGAAGAUGUCCAGCACUGCCAGGCACAAAGCAAAACAUGGGGUGCACCUGCAGACACCUGUAGGCAUGAGCCUUGGAGACAUACAGCCCUCUCUCAAUCCCCCAAAGGUGGGUAGUGCUGGGUUGUCCAGUGGUCGCCUCCACAAAAGGAAACACAAACACAAACACAAGCACAAGGAGGACCGAAUCCUGGGGCCCCAUGAUGACCUGAGCGGUCUCUUUGCAAGCAAGGCCACGGGCUUCUCUAGCCAUGUUUUGGGGGAGCGGCUGAGCAGUGCUGACAAAGACCUCCCACUAAUGGGUGAGAAGAGUAGGCAUAAGGAGAAACAGAAACACCAACACAGUGAGGUCAGCCACAAAGCUUCUAAGAGCAAUUUUGAGGUUGACACCCUGUCAACCCUGUCGCUCUCUGAUGCCCAGCAGUGGACCCAGGUGAAGGAAAAAGGAGAUACUAGUGGAGACCCUGCUGACUCCUGUACCAAGAAGUUCUCCAGUGGCAGCAGUGGAGAGAGCAGCAACACGAGGUCAGAGACCUUGGAUGUGUUUGGUGACAUGAACCCAUUGAAUGACAAGUGGGACAGCGAAGUGGGUGGGAGUAAAAGAAGGAGCUUUGAAGGUUUUGGAACAUACAGGGAAAAGGACAUCCAAGCCUUCAGGAUGAACCGAAAGGAAAGAAGCACCUAUGACUCCUCAGUGUCUCCAGGAAUUGCAAGUCCCCAUUUAAAAGCAGACCAGACUUCAAUGAAUAGUAAAAACGAGGGCCCAGCAUCCACCAUGAUGACCAGGAGGAAGCCAUCAUUGGUUGAAAGUGUUGCAAUACCCCCAACGCCAGUAUUAUCUCUCCUUGCUUCAACCGCAGCAAUGUCUGAAGCAGCCAGCUCAUCCCUGAAGAAACGCUUCAAGAGGCGGGAGAUUGAAGCGAUCCAGUGUGAGGUGCGUAAGAUGUGCAACUACACCAAAAUCCUGUCCACAAAGAAGAACCUGGACCAUGUGAACAAGAUCCUGAAGGCCAAGCGGCUGCAGAGACAAUCAAAGACAGGCAAUAACUUUGUCAAGAAACGGAGAGGGCGACCCCGCAAACAGCCCCUUUCCUUCGAUGAGGACUCCAGAGACCAAAUGCCAGUGCUAGAAAAAUGCAUUGACCUCCCCAGCAAGAGAGGUCAGAAACCCACCCUAAACCCUUUGGUGUUGGAACCAGUAGCCAGUCAAGAUACCAUCAUGGCGACCAUUGAGGCUGUCAUCCACAUGGCCAGGGAGACCCCGCCUUUACCACCACCCCCUCCUCCUCCUCCCCCUCCUCCUCCCCCUCCUCCUCCUCCCCCUCCUCCUCCUCCUCCUCCUCCUCCCCCUCCUCUACCACGCACACCUAGAGGUGGGAAGAGGAAACACAAACAGCAGCAGCAGCAGCAGCAACAACAGCAGCUGCAACGUGAGGAGGAGGUGAAGGCCAAGAGACACAGAAAGUCAAGAGGAAAUGAAAGCGAAACCCUUCCCUAGAGUUGGGGAAAGCAAAUGGGAACAUGGGGUAGGGUAAACUGAGGCAUUGAACAUGCAAAAGAAAAGCA